AUGGGGCAGAGGGGAACUUGGUUUGCCCACCAGUUCCUAGAUCCAGGCACAUACACGUUUCAAGACAACGGGCAGCCAGAGAGUCUGGCUGUGGUGCUGGUGAAGGAGGAGGGGGUGGCCUGUGGUCCUGGCCUGUCCCCUGUGCAGCCCUCAUCCCCAUAUCAGCUGGGCAGGCAAGGCGUCCUCAGGCACAGGCUGCCAAACCUGGGCCCAGACUGGGCAGUGAUCACAGGGGUGCUGCUGGCUGCUGGCUUGGCGACUGUGCUGUUGACGGGCCUGGGCCUCCUGCUGAGUCCUUCCCUGCCCCAUGCCUGCCCCAUGCAGGCUUGGAAGCCUCGGUGGAGAAGCCUGGGACAGCCUCAGGUGCCUGCUGAGUAUGUGAUCCUCAGGGACAGCCUCCCGUUCUAUGAAGACCUUGGCCCUCGGGGAUCUGGGGAAGGAGCUGACUCUGAGAAGGCCAUGAGCCGGGGUACAGGAAAGCCGCUCCUGUCCCAGACCCUGGAGGACUUCAGCAUCCGCACACUGUACGACAAGCUCGAGGACCAGAACCUGCAUGUUGCGUCCCAGCUGAGCAAGCACAGGAGUGAUGCCCUGGCCUUCUACAGGGCCACUGCGCAGCAGCUCCAGGGACUCCAGGACUUUCUGCAGGGCCUCAGCAGGACUGAGCAGCAAGCUCUAGGCAGGGGUGGAGACCCUGAAACAGAUCCCAAAGCCACUGCCAGAGCAGACACUGGGCAGAGCCAGGAACCAUGGGACAGCCACACUGCAGCUUCUCAAAGGCAGUGCCAGCAGCCUCCUCCAGGCUGCAGUCCCAGCGCCACUGCCCUGGGCCUUCAGCUGGAGCUUGACCAAGCCAUCGCAGCCCUGGCAUCGGCACUUUCUCAGGCACAGGGACGCAAUGCUGCCCUCAUCUGUCCGUCGCUGUUCUUCUCCGGGCCCAAAACCUAG